UAGUAUUGAAUGCACCCAUUGAAUCAGAAUCAGAAUCAGAAUAUUUUUUUCGCAGUUGGCCAUGGUUGGCCAUAACCACCGACGAGAUACCGAUAGAGGCUAAUAGCCUUAAUGAAUUAAGAAAAAACAAUUCGAAGCAAUUGUGAGCCAAAUAUUUAAAAUAAUAUUUCAAUACUGAGAAAAAUGGCGGAGCAUUCAUUUUCUUCGUUGAAAGGAUUCAAACUCGAAGAUUUGUUGUCGAAAGAUGGAAUUAUGUUUGAAAUUGGAGAACAGUAUUGUGACGAUGAGGAUGAAGAAUUUGCAUAUACUUCAUUCGCACAAUAUAGUAAUGCGGAGAUGUUGGAUAUGUUGAACAUGAAUGAUUUUGAAGAUAACGAGGAUGUUGACAAAGAUCAAGAAACUUUGCUGAUUCAUGGUAUAAGCUUCGCAAAAUUGAAAAGUAAGAUGACAAGUUUGACUUCAGAUGAAAAGGUGAUGAAAUUCACUAAGCAAAAAGGUAUCGGAGAAGUCGUACCCUACAAUGCUCAAGUCACUGUUCAUUAUAUAGGAUAUUUUGAGGACAACGAUGAACCUUUUGAUUCAUCAUACGCUAGUGGAAAACCAAGAACGUUACGUCUAGGACAGAACAUUAUCAUUCCAGGCCUAGAGAUAGCUAUAUGUAGUAUGCGGAAGCAUGAGGUAGCAGUAUUUUGGCUGCAUCCUGACUAUGCCUACAGGGCUAUUGGCUGUUUACCACGCAUCCCUCCUAACGUGGAAGUAGCGUUCAUUGUUCACUUGACUGAUUUCCUUGACAAUGGAUCUGCAGACACAUAUUAUAACCUCAGUAUUGAGGAAAAGCAGUCAUUUCCUAAUGUGAUAGAAUCUGUCAAACAUAGGCUUGUAACUGCUAAAGAUCAUUUUCGGAAGCAACGUAUCAAAAAUGCGAUACGAGAAUACAAAAAGGUUGUGGAUUGUCUGGAGAUGGUGAAAUUAAAGGAUAGCGCAGAGGAGCAAGAAAUGAACGAAUUACUUUCUAGAACUUACACUAAUCUUGGAGUGUGUUACAACAAAAUGGACAUGCCACGCAACGCUUGCAUGGUCUGUAACCGGGUGCCGUUUCCAACAGCUAAAACGCAUUAUAAUUUUGGCAAAGCUCUGCUAUGUAUCGCAGAAUAUAAUGAAGCAAUGAAGGAGUUGCAAAAAGCUUACAAAUUAGAUCCUCAUAAUGAAUCUAUUAAGAAAGCAAUUCAACAAACAAAUACGAAGCAGCGCCAGUACCUGGAAAUCGAGAAACGUUUGUGGAAAAAUUGUUUCAAAUCUGAGGAACAGAAUAAAACGAAAAGCGAUGAAUUCCGUAAAGCCGCACGAGAUUUAUGCGAAUCGGUACAAAACAACAUAACAAGACAACCUCUGCCUGAAGGUUUCACAGAAGAGGAGCACGAAAUCAUACGUGAAGAAGCCGCUGCGUCAGGACUGAGCAUUGUUAGGCACAUAAGAUAUGGUAAAGAGGUCAUGUACCUUCAGAAGAACAAUGCUUGAAAUUACAGUUUCGAGGUUUAAACGUUAAUUUUUAAAGUUAAGUAAAGACAUUAAAGUUUAAACAUUAAUCUUCUCUAAAUUUGUCAUUGCAUAUUUUCUUUAUCGAUGAUCGAUGUUAUUAAGAUUAUUAACGACCUCGAUUAUU